AUGAACAACACGGCGUUGAAGGAAGAAGACGAUCCUGGAUGGAUUAUGAAGAUUACAACUGUGUGCGAACAAAACACCAAAGUGCCAGUUAUCGUUCAAGAAGUGUUGGACAAAUAUCAAGAUGUGUUUCCAGAUCAACUGCCGAACGUUUUACCACCGCAUCGCGCUAUCCAAUUCGAUCUCAACAUGAAGUCCGAUGCAAAACCUCAACAUCGACCGCCGUUCAGAUUGUCCCAAGUUGAACAAGCAUCACUUGAUAAAUUCGUGAACGACCUUGAAGUUAAAGGUUGGAUUCAGCUGUCGACAAGUGAUUGGGUAUCCAAUAUAUUUGGCGUUCCGAAGAAAGACUCUGAAGGAAAACUGCCAUCACGACGCGAGUGGCUACGCACUGCAACUGCAGAUACGCCGAUCCGAUGGGUUUUGGAUUACCGCCAUGUAAACUCCCAAACUGAAGUGCCAAAGAUUCCGUUGCCCAACAUUGACGAUUUGUUUGAUCGAAUGUAUGGAAGUACGAUCUUUACCAAAAUUGACUUAGCGUCUGGAUAUCAUCAAAUGCUCGUUGUGCCAACUGCAAGGAAGUACACUGCCUUUCGAACGCAUCGCGAAGUAUAUGAAUGGGUUGUAGCGCCAAUGGGAAUGGCUGGAAUGCCUGGUAUUUGGUCAAGACUUAUGCGAGUUCUCUUCGACAAAUUGCCAUUUGUUGUCGUGUAUAUGGACGACAUUUGCAUCUUUUCAACCAAUGAAGAAGAUCAUGCACGACAUCUGGCCAAAGUUUGUGAUAUUUUACGCAGUGAGAAGCUAUACGCUCGCCCGUCCAAGUGCUCUUUUGCAGUAGACUCUGUGGAUUUUCUUGGCCAUACAGUUUCUCGAUUCGGUCUCUAA